AUGGAAUUAUAUGGAGAGUUAUAUGACUGUGAUGACUUCUUUAAUGAAGGAAAUAUAUGUGAUGAAGAUAAAUUACUUGAAAAAAGGUUGAUUGAUAACGUUUGUACAGAAAAUGAUAAUUAUGUAAAAAAUAUAGAAUUAGAUAUAAAAAAUAAUCUAGAAAAAAUAUCAACUAAAUAUUUAUUUUUAUAUAUAAAUAAAUUUAAAGAAAAAAACAUAAAAAAUGAAAAUAGCUUAUAUGUUUUAAAUUUCUAUGAUAUACAUUUAAGAAAUGAUAAUAGUAAUAUAUUAGAGACAAAUAAUAAUAUAAUUGAAUAUUGCAUUACUGAAAUAAUAAAUAAAAAUAAUUCAAAGAAAGAAAAAAAUAUGAAUGAAAGUUCUGAUAAUUUUUUAAAAGAAGAGAAUGAAAAAAAUUUUAAUAUGUUUAAAUAUUAUUUAUUUAAAAUAUAUGAAAUUAUCUUAAAAUACUUUCCAUUUAGUUUUAAAUUGUGGUAUAAUUAUUUGAAAGACAAUAUAGAAAUGAUAAGGGAUAUAUAUUAUGAUAAUAAAAGAGAAUAUAAAAGAAUCAAUUCAAUAUUUGAAAAAUGUCUUUUAUAUAUGUAUCAUUUUAAGUCUAUUUACAUUAUGUAUAUUCAAUUUUUAUUUAUUCAAAGAAAUAUACAAAAAAUAAGAGAAAUAUUCAAUCAAUCUUUACAGAAUGUUUUUUUAAAUCAACAAGAAGAUAUAUGGUAUUACCAGUUAAAAUAUAAUGAAAAAAUUAACAACAAAUUGAUUAAUUAUGAAUAUAUCAAAAGAUAUGUAACAAUUUAUCCUGAACAAAUAAUUUUGCUAUUUAAUCAUUAUGUUAAAUAUAAAAUGCAUAAACAUGCAAUUAACACUUUUUUUUUUAUUCUAAAUUGUGAAGAAACUUUAGAAUUAGGAAAUAAAUCAAAGUAUGAUUUAUAUAAAGAAAUUUUUAAUUUAAUUAAUUCUACUAAAGUAUUAAAUAAUGAUGUUGUAGAAAUAUUAAAGAAUAAUUUAAAUGUUUUGAAAAAUUAUGAAAAUAUUACAUCUAUAUAUAUACUUUUAGCUAAUAAUUAUGUUUAUGAAGGAAGAUGGAAUAAAGCAAUGGAUAUAUAUGAAGAAGGAUUUUCUGAAUGUUAUACUAUAAAUGAUUUUUCUAAUCUUUUUGAAAAUUAUAUUGAAACAUUAAAAAUAUUAAUAGAUUUAAAAAUUGAUGAACAAGAAAAAAAAAAAAAAAAAAAGAAACAAACAAAUGAAGAAGAGAAUAUUGAAGAAGAAGAAGAAGAUGAAGAAGAUGAAGAAGAAGAUGAAGAAGAUGAAGAAGAAGAUGAAGAAGAUGAAGAUAAAAAUGAAGAAGAAAAUGAUGAUAAAUAUGAAGAAGAAAUAAGUCAAGAUGAAAAAGAAAAUGAUGAUAAAGAUGAAGAAGAAAUAAGUCAAGAUGAAAAAGAAAAUGAUGAUAAAUAUGAUCAAAAUUCAGCUAUUUCUACUUCAUCAAAUAAUAAAAAAUUAAAAAAAUCAAAAAAAAUUAAUGAUAAUUUUUUGAUAGAUUUAUAUAUAGAAAAAAUAAAUUAUUUGCUUGAUAAAAGAAAAACUUUUAUAGCUGAUAUUAAGCUAAAGAAUAACAAAAAUAAUGUGUAUAUUUGGUUAAGUAAAAUAGAUGCUAUAGAGGAUAAAGAUGAAAAAAUUGAUUUAUUUAAUAAAUGUUUAGAAUAUUUUCAGAAUAAUGAUUAUUCUGGAAAACUAAGUGAUAUAUAUAUCACUUAUGCAUAUUAUCAUUAUAACAAUAACAAUUAUGAUGAAUCAAAAAAAAUUUUUUAUAGAGCUAUAGAAGAAAAAAAUUUUAAAAGUUUAAAUGAAAUAGCAAGUAUUUUUUGUUCAUGGGUAGAGUUAGAAUUACUUCAAAAAAAUUAUAAGGAAGCAUUAAAUAUAGCAAGAUUAUCCAUUGAUAUCAGUAGAGAUUCACAUAAAAAAACUUUACAAAACAAAAAUGAAGAAUCAUUUAAUGGUUUAAAUGGGAAAAUACAUACAAAUUUUAAUUUAUUAAACUCAAUAAAAUUAGUUUGUUUAAUAUUAGAUAUGGAAAUAAAUUAUGGUACUAUUGAAACCUCUUUGAAUUUGUUUGAUCUUUUAUAUCAUUCUAAAAGUAUUACCGUUAAAAUGGUUUUAUCUUUUUCGAAUUAUCUGUAUGAACAAAAGUACUUUAAUGAAUGUUUUAAAAUUUAUGAAAAAGCUAUUUCCUUAUUUAACUAUCCAUAUUUAUACCCAAUUUAUAUUAACUACAUUAAUAAAUACAUUGAAAGAUACAAGGAUAAAAAUAUUUCUUAUGUUCGUGAAUUAUUUAAACAAGCUAUAUAUGGAAUGGAUAACAAAACUUAUAUACCCAAAGAAUUUGCGAAAUAUAUUUUUUUAAUGUAUGCAAUGUUUGAAGAGAAUUAUGGUUUUUUAAAAAAAUCCUUAAGUAUUUAUAAAGAAGCUAUACCUUUUUUGGAAGAAAAUGAUAAAAUUAAAUUUUAUAAAAUCUUUAUUUCUAAGGUUUCUAAAUCAUAUGGAGUACAUAAAGCUAGAGAAGCUUUUGAAGAAGCAAUUCAAACAUUAAAAGAUGAUAAUGCAAGGGAAAUGUGUAUGUUAUAUAUUGAUAUGGAAUAUAAAUUAAAUGAAUAUGAACGUGUAAGAGCUCUUUAUAUAUAUACAGCUCAAUUUACUAAUCCUUUAACACAAUCAGAUUUUUAUCAAGCGUGGAGAGAAUUUGAAGUACUUCAUGGAAAUGAAUACACAUUUAGAGAUAUGAUAAGAAUUAAAAGAAGUGUAUUAAAUAUUUUUUCGAAUUCUUCUAAUAAUAUUAAAGAAAUAGAAAAAAACGAAAAAUCAGGAAUGAAUGGAAUAGAAAAUACAAAAAAAAGAUUAAAAGAAAUGAUUGAAAAUGAAGAGCAGAUUCAAAAAAAAAUUAAAAAAUAA